UGUAUUUUAAUAAAUACUGACGAAGAUAUGGAACAAAGUUCUAAAAAUUUAGAAGAUAAUCUUUUCGAUGAAAUUAUUGGACACAUAGAAGAUAUGUUAUUAGAAGACGAAUUUCAUGCUAUUCAAAAAAAAUUUUUAGACAAUUAUUGGAAUGUUUUUGAACCUAUAGAAGAAAAUAAAUUAAUUUAUACAAAUAUAUUUAAUGAAUAUAAUAAGGCCGUCGAAAAUUAUAUUGUUAGUUACUUACAAAAGGUUAUACCACAUUUUAAUAUAGACACAUUUCUAGAAUAUUUAAAUAAUAAGCAGAAUGAAUUGGAAGGUGAAGUUUUUGAAGUAUUAUCAACAUUCACAGACUUCAUGGCCUUCAAAGAAAUGUUCCUUGAUUAUAGAGCUGUAAAAGAAGGAAAGGUUCAAGAUCUUAGUCAUGGAAUAUGUGUUACAUCUCUUAAGACGUGUAAUACAAAUGACAACAAUUUCUUUGGAUAA